GGCGUGAGCCACCGCGCCCGGCCGGGACCCGUAGCGUCGUGUCUUCCUUCGACCUUCCGCGAGCCGCAGCCCGAAACGCGCCAAGCGCCUUGCCCAGGGUCUAGCACACAGUAGGCCUGGCGCAUGGUGGGUGGCACGAGGUCCGGCGUCCGCAGGGACUUGACUCUGCCUGAAAGAUGGUGUGGGAGAUGGCAGGAGAAAUCGGCCAGCUCCAGGACGGCGAUCAAGUGGUCGAUUACUUACUGCCUCCGUGAGGAAGCAGCAGAAUUCUGCGCUCCGUGUGUCAUCCAGGAGGAAUCAGGAUUUGGAUUUCCUGGAAUCAGCUGCUGUACAGAUCAGAUACGCUGAAGAAUGAAACUUCCGACAAGUUCUCUAAGAGUGAAAGAGGAAUUAUCCACUCCUCUCCCUCCCCCUCUCCAAACACUGGCUCUUGGAGGAAAUAAUGUCGGUCAUCUUUCUGAAGUAGACUCUCCAUGGCCUGAACAUUUUCCGAAAACAAUUUUGAGGAAAAUAUCUGUUUAAUAACAAGAUAACCACAUCAAGAUGGUUGGAAAGCUGAAGCAGAACUUACUAUUGGCAUGUCUAGUGAUUAGUUCUGUGACCGUGUUUUACUUGGGCCAGCAUGCAAUGGAAUGCCAUCACCGGAUAGAGGAACGCAGCCAGCCAGUCAAAUCAGAGAGCACAAGGGCCACUGUGAGAACUGGCCUGGACCUCAAAGCCAACAAAACCUUUGCCUAUCACAAAGAUAUGCCUUUAAUAUUUAUUGGAGGUGUGCCUCGGAGUGGAACCACACUCAUGAGGGCCAUGCUGGAUGCGCAUCCUGACAUUCGCUGUGGAGAGGAAACCAGGGUCAUUCCCCGAAUCCUGGCCCUGAAGCAGAUGUGGUCACGGUCAAGUAAAGAGAAGAUCCGGCUGGAUGAGGCUGGUGUUACUGAUGAAGUGCUGGAUUCUGCCAUGCAAGCCUUCUUACUAGAAAUCAUCGUUAAGCAUGGGGAGCCAGCCCCUUAUUUAUGUAAUAAAGAUCCUUUUGCCCUGAAAUCCUUAACUUACCUUGCUAGGUUAUUCCCCAAUGCCAAAUUUCUCCUGAUGGUCCGAGAUGGCCGGGCAUCAGUACAUUCGAUGAUUUCUCGAAAAGUUACCAUAGCUGGAUUUGACCUGAACAGCUACAGGGACUGCUUGACCAAGUGGAAUCGUGCCAUAGAGACCAUGUAUAACCAGUGUAUGGAGGUUGGUUAUAAAAAGUGCAUGUUGGUUCACUACGAACAGCUUGUCUUACAUCCUGAACGGUGGAUGAGAACACUCUUAAAGUUCCUCCAUAUUCCCUGGAACCACUCAGUACUGCACCAUGAAGAGAUGAUUGGGAAAGCUGGGGGAGUGUCUCUGUCAAAAGUGGAGAGAUCUACAGACCAAGUCAUCAAGCCAGUCAAUGUAGGAGCUCUAUCAAAAUGGGUUGGGAAGAUACCGCCAGAUGUUUUGCAAGACAUGGCAGUGAUUGCUCCUAUGCUUGCUAAACUUGGAUAUGACCCAUAUGCCAACCCACCGAACUACGGAAAACCUGAUCCCAAAAUUGUUGAAAACACUCGAAGGGUCUAUAAGGGAGAAUUCCAGCUACCUGACUUUCUUAAAGAAAAACCACAGACUGAGCAAGUGGAGUAGCAGAACCAGGAGCCUCUUCCGUACAUGAGGAAAGAAGGCUGCCUUUUCAGCAAAGGGGAAUUUCUAGGACUGGCUGCCCGCUCCGAGUGUCUGCACCUUGGCUGUGUCUCCUCUUUCUUUGCCAGUUUCCUCCCACUGAGAGGAUGGAGGUGUCCACUCACCUUUGGGCCUCGUGAGGGCUACGCCUCCUGCGUAAAGAGCUCUUGAUCCUGAUUCCAUGCACAACCCUGCGAUCAGGAGCCCAGAAGGGACGUGUGUUUCCUGUUACAACUGCUCUUGUCCUCUUUUCUUACCAGAUUAUGAAGUUUGUUUUCAAGGGGAGGGUUUAAAAAUGGGAUCCUGUAUGCAGACUUGCACAGUUUCCUUUUGAAAUAGGUUGUCUGUACAUGUUCUAAUGUUUUAUAGAACACGUGUGCCUAUUUAGAUGUAUCGAUGUGGGUAAUAAUAAAUAAUUAUUUAAAUGAUUCUUUUUAUUUCUGAGAAGUUGGGAAAUUACCAUUAUACAUUUACAACUUAAUGACUUUUGUAUUUUAUUUUUCAAAAUAAAAGCUUUCAAUGUGAGGCA